AGCGCACCAGCGCACUCUGGGAGAGAUGAGACGGUCACACCAGCUGCCCCUAGUGGGGCUCCUGUUGUUUUCUCUUAUUCCAAGUCAACUGUGUGAGGUCUGUGAGGUAAGCAAAGAAAACUACUUCCGUUUAAAACCUCUGAUAAACACAAUGGUCAAUUCCAAAUCUACCAGCGGGGUCCAAGCAGCCUAUGUCCUGCUGUCUCUCAGACUCGCCGGCUUCCAGAACCAAAGCCUGGAACAAGAGCUGAUCCGACAAGUCAAAGACAACGUGGAGAGGAACGUCUCAACUUUAACUUCGGGAGAGCUUGCCGUGAUGAUAUUGGCUUUGGGAGCGUGCCAAAACCCCAGUGGCGCUGAUGGAUAUGAGCCUCACUUAGUUGAGCAGCUGGGAAAAAAAUUCCAAGCAGAAAUUGAACAUAUAGAAGCACACCACGGCAAUCCACUGACUAACUACUACCAGCUGAGCUUGGACCUUUUGACCUUGUGCCUUUUCCAUGGGAGCUACUCAGUCACCAAAGUUUCAAAACUCUUUGCUCCUGAAAACUUUUAUCUUGCUGGUCGGUUCUCAGUAGAUACCGGGGCAGUGGCUGUCCUGGCUCUGACCUGUGUGAAGAGGAGUGUGGUGAACGGGCAGCUAGAGGCAGGUACAGAGCAUCUAGACAGUAUCAGCAAGCACAUAAAGUCACUGGUGGAAAUAAUCCUGUCUGAGAAAAAAGAAAACGGUCUCCUUGGAAAUGUCUACAGCACAGGAGAAGCAAUGCAGGCUCUCUUUGUCUCAUCAAACUGUUAUGAGAAAAGGCAGUGGACCUGUCAGCACACUCUGAACACGGUGCUCGAGGAAACCGCUCGCGGGGUAUUCAGUGUUCCGACUGCUGCCUCCCAGGUCUUGCCCGCCCUGGUGGGGAAGACCUACCUGGAUGUGAACAGAGACACGCCCUGUGUCCACGGCUCAGUUAACUUCGACAUCAUGCAGGAGCCUGUAUCUGUGACACCUAAUUCACCCUCAACUAUCGUAGUACAUUACUCUGUGAGAAUCAAUAAAACCUAUCCCAUUGAUAUCACCGUGCCAGAAGGUUCUGUCUUCCUAGAUGUGAUGGAGGCGGCUCAGAAGAUAGAUAAAGCUAAAUUUCGUUUCACCACAGUGGAGACCGCCUAUGGCUCCUAUGUCAACUCUGUGCAGGGCAUAAGCGCCAACAAUAAUGACAGAACCUACUGGGAGCUUCUGAGUGGAGAUAAACCACUGAGCCAAGGGGCUGGCAGCUAUGUUGUCCACGAUGGGGAAAAUCUGAAGGUUCGCUGGAGCAAAUACUAAUAAACCCCAACCUUCCUCAGCUGGGCCUGCCCUGCUCACGAUGGAAGGUCAUAGUGGCCUCGUACCUGUCUCUGUCUCAAUAGGAGAGUCGCUACCUUCCCCUUCUCUCUUUGCACAUUCAAUAAAAAAUCAACAACUAUG